GGUGUAGCAGAGGCGAGAGUGGUUUUGGGUGCGGACACCAGGCUCGGGGUUCCUCCAUCUUGGGUCGGCCAGUAAGCAGCAGACACCACCAUGGCGCUUCUCUCAGCACGCCUCGCCUCCUCCCUCGUCAGGAACCUGCCCAGGGCAAGCCCACAGGUUGUGAAGCUUUUGCCAGCAGCAAAUAUUGUCUCGCGCAAGCUCUCUACCACCAAUGUUGCUGCCACUGCAGAGGUUUCCACCAUUCUGGAGGAACGCAUUCUUGGUGCUGCCCCCAAAGUCAACCUGGAGGAGACUGGUCGUGUGCUGAGCAUUGGUGAUGGUAUUGCUCGUGUAUAUGGCCUGAAGAACAUCCAGGCUGAAGAGAUGGUAGAGUUUUCUUCUGGACUGAAGGGUAUGGCUCUGAACUUGGAACCUGAUAAUGUUGGUGUUGUGGUGUUUGGUAAUGACAAACUUAUUCGUGAGGGUGAUAUUGUGAAGCGUACUGGUGCCAUUGUGGAUGUUCCUGUUGGUGAAGCUAUCCUUGGACGUGUUGUUGAUGCCUUGGGUAAUGCUAUUGAUGGCAAGGGACCCCUUUCUGGAGCAAACAGGGCUCGUGUUGGUGUAAAAGCCCCUGGCAUUAUUCCACGCAUAUCUGUAAGGGAACCUAUGCAGACUGGUAUUAAGGCUGUAGACUCUUUGGUGCCAAUUGGCCGUGGACAGCGAGAGUUGAUCAUUGGUGAUCGUCAGACUGGCAAGACUGCGAUUGCUAUUGACACAAUUAUCAACCAGAAACGUUUCAAUGAUGGUGUUGACGAGAAGAAAAAAUUGUAUUGUAUCUAUGUUGCCAUUGGUCAGAAGAGGUCAACUGUUGCCCAGAUUGUGAAGAGGCUCACAGAUGCUGAUGCCAUGAAGUACACCAUUGUGGUUUCUGCUACUGCCUCUGAUGCUGCUCCUCUGCAGUACUUGGCACCUUAUGCUGGUUGUGCCAUGGGGGAAUUCUUCCGUGAUAAUGGCAAGCAUGCACUUAUCAUUUAUGAUGACUUGUCGAAGCAGGCUGUAGCCUACCGUCAAAUGUCCCUGUUGCUUCGUCGUCCUCCUGGUCGUGAAGCUUACCCAGGAGAUGUGUUCUAUCUUCACUCUCGUCUUCUUGAACGUGCUGCCAAGAUGAACGAUACACACGGUGGCGGAUCUCUUACUGCCCUGCCAGUCAUCGAGACUCAGGCUGGUGAUGUGUCUGCUUAUAUUCCCACCAAUGUCAUUUCCAUCACUGACGGACAGAUCUUCUUGGAAACGGAGCUCUUUUACAAGGGUAUCCGCCCUGCCAUCAAUGUUGGUCUUUCUGUAUCCCGUGUAGGAUCUGCUGCCCAGACAAAGGCAAUGAAGCAGGUUGCUGGCUCCAUGAAGCUUGAGUUGGCCCAGUACCGUGAAGUUGCUGCCUUUGCCCAGUUUGGAUCAGAUCUCGAUGCUUCCACUCAGCAACUGUUGAACAGAGGUGUUCGCCUUACUGAGCUGUUGAAGCAAGGACAGUAUGUUCCCAUGGCCAUUGAAGAACAGGUUGCAGUCAUUUACUGUGGUGUGCGUGGCCAUCUCGACAAGCUGGACCCCUCUAAGAUCACCAAGUACGAGCAGGAGUUUAUGGCCAUGAUGAAAACUAGCCACCAGGAUAUUCUCAGCAGUAUUGCCAAGGAGGGACUCAUCACCCCAGAUGUGGAUGCAAAGCUAAAACAAAUUGUUGUAGACUUCACAGCCACUUUCCAGGGUUAAUUUAUUAAGGCUAAAUAGGUAAAGUCAUGGGAUAUUAGCAUUUUCCUUUAGUGGGUCGAGUCAGGUGAGAGUUGGCUUAAAGUUCUUAUGUUUUAUAUAAAAGCAUGCCCCAAAUCUGCACUCUCCAUGAAGGUACAUAAGUUUUGUGUCCCAUUGUGGUCAUUGUAUAUAAGCCAAUGUCAACUUGAGAAGGGAGUAUUGUAUACACCUUUCUUACUUUACAUUUCCAUAUUUUAUAAUUGAGGAGGUAACCAGAAUGUAUAUAAUUAUAAUGUCUGUUCAGAAUAAAAAAAAAAUCCUCAAUGAAGCUUUAUCAAUACCUCCAGUCUGUUGAUGGAUCAAUUAUGUACAGGUUCUCGAGUAAUAAAUUAAAGCCAUUUUU